CUUUUUUACUCGAUAUUUAUCACCAGAGCUUAAUAUUAGAAAAAUGUACGAUUUGUAUAUUGAACACUGUACGGAAAAAAAUUUAGAUCCUGUUAAACAUUCCUAUUACCGACAUAUUUUUAACACGGAAUUUAAUUUAAGAUUCCACCGUCCAAAUUCUGAUACUUGCAGUAAGUGUGAUGGUUUUAAUAAUAUUAUUAAAAAUUCUGAUAAUGCAGAAAAAGUUAAUACUGCAAAGGUAUCGCAGACAGUUCAUCACAGAAAGGCUGAAAAGGCACGAGAAUCAAAACAAAAUGACUCAAAUGUAAAUAAAGAAUCAACAGAUACUUUUGUUAUUUGUUUUGAUCUGCAACAAGCUUUACCAACUCCACAUAUAACCACCUCAAAAGUUUUUUACUUGAGACAACUGUGGACAUAUAACUUCUGUAUACAUAACCUCGUGACAGGAAAGUCCGACAUGUACGUUUGGGACGAAACCAUCGCUUCCCGAGGCUCACAGGAAAUUGGAUCCUGUCUGAUUCAUUAUAUAACUAAUGCAGUUCCUCAAAAUGUCACAAAGAUUAUUGCUUAUAGCGAUUCCUGUGGAGGACAAAAUAAAAACAAAAAUAUUGCUAAACUUUUCAUGUACUUGGUCAAAGCUACAAGAAUUCAAGAAAUUCACCAUAAGUUUUUGGAACCAGGCCAUACGUUUAUGGAGUAUGAUCAAGAUUUUGGUAUUAUAGAAAAGGUAAAACGAAAGAAUCCUCAGGUGUUUGUUCCAGAACAUUGGAGACAACUAAUAAAGAGUUCAUGCAAAAAAUUUACGGUUCAUGAAAUGUCCAAAGAAAAUUUUUUCAGCUUUUCUAACUUGAAUAAUAUUAUAAGCGACCCAAAAAAAGAUACAGAAAAACGUGCUAUUAAAUGGAGAGAAAUUCAAUAUUUCUUUUUUACAAAGGAAUCAGAGAGAUUCUGCUUUUUUUAUAAAACUAGUCUGGACCCAGAAUUUCCUUUCAACAAAUGCUUAUGUCCUGGUAAAGCAGCAGGAAGACCGAAGUUGACAUUAAAGGACACGUUUGAUCAGUUAAACAGAGAGUUUAAAAAUAAACGAGCUGAAGUGGAAAAAUUUGCAGACUCUUUUGGAAUACGUUCCUCCAAAAUAUCAUGA